AUGGCAGGCUUUCGUCUGAUCGAGCUGGCAAGGCCUUUUGCGCCGUUGCUUCCAGAGGUGGAGCUACCUUAUGAAAAAAUCGGAUUCGACGACAAGGUGGUGUACACCAUCAUUGCUGCGUUGAUCUACGUUUUUGGCCAGCUUCCGCUGGCGGGUGUGGUGAAAGAUACCAUUGAAGAGCAGGGCAGCUCUGUUCUGGACCCAAUUUACUUCUUGCGUGGUGUUUUCGCAGCUGAACCCAGAACGCUGUUGGAGUUCGGCACUUUCCCAGUGGUGUCUUCUGCAUUGAUCAUGCAGGUUUUGGCCGGUCUCAAACUGAUCAAAGUCAAUUUUAAGGUUCGUCAAGACCGUGAGCUGUUCCAAACUUGCACGAAAUUGUUUGCAGUGCUGGAGUACGUUGUGCUCGCUAACAUUUUCAUCUUUUCGGGCUACUACGGCUCCGCUUUGACCGUCUUUCAAGUGGUACUCUUGAACCUGCAACUGGUCUCAGCAGGGCUGUUCGUGACGCUCUUGGUCGAGGUCAUCGACAAAGGAUACGGAUUUGCGUCGGGUGCCAUGGCCAUCACCACUGUGACCAUCGCCACCAACUUUGUCGGGGACGUUCUCGGUGUCAAUCAGCUACCGGUCGACAAUGAGGGCCACUUCGAGGCACAGGGUGCAAUCAUUAACCUAUUCCAAUCGAUGCGUGCCUCUCACAAGACCUUUGCCGGUGCCAUCGUCGGGGCCUUCAACCGUGACUACCUGCCAAAUUUGACUACCACUCUUUUGGUGAUUGCUUUGGCCGUUGCCGUUUGUUUGAUCAACAACUUCCGUUUGGAAUUGCCAAUCAGAUCCACCAGAGCCCGUGGUGUAAACAACGUCUACCCAAUUCGUUUGCUCUACGUCGGCGGUUUGUCUGUGCUUUUCUCCUACGUUGUGCUCUUUUACAUUCACAUCGUCGCCUUCGUUUUGGUUCAAGUAGUGGCCCGUAACGAUCCAUCAUCCAUUCUGUACAAAGUCAUUGGUGGCUAUGCUUCUUCCAACAACCUACUUUAUGUCCCACAAUUCCCACUAUCGCUAUUGACUCCUCCUAAGUCCUUUGUUGAGUGCAUCACAAGACAGCCACUUACCCCAAUCGUGUUCAGCGCCUUCAUGAUUGUGACUGGUGUAUGGUUUGCGGGACUAUGGCAAGCCAUUAGCGGUUCUUCGGCCCGUGAUAUCAGCGUUCAAUUUAAGGAGCAAGGCAUCACUCUUACUGGUCACAGAGAACAAGGUAUUGCAAAAGAAUUGGACAAGAUCGUACCAGUUGCCUCCACUACUGGUGCAGUGCUUUUGGCUCUAUUAGUUGUAGCAGGUGAGCUCUUGGGCUUGAAGGGUAAGGGUGCCAGCAUCAUCGUUGGUGUCAGCUGUGGAUUUUCUCUAUUGGAAUUGAUCACCGCUGAAUUUCAGCAAAACGGUGGCCAAAGUGCUUUGACCCAAGUCUUGGGCGUUACUGGAGCAUAA